GCCUUGCACAAACUGAUAACUGUGGCAAUUUCUCAGCACAUGAUUCACUAAUAAAAGAUGUUAUGUUCAGAAUUAGGCAGGCAUGUGUCAUACUUGCUCACUGGCUGAAGAUGAGAGGUCGAGCUGUGGCUUCCUGGGAGUGUGCAGUCGUAUGAGCCAUUGGACUUUACAGCUCCCAGGUUGUUGAUGCAUUGUUUUACCAGCAGCUAGGUUAAGUAAUUAGAGUCUUUCAGAGAAAGGAAGUCUUGUUUUAAGUGUUUGCAAGCUUUUAGUUUUUUAAAAUAAUCUAUUCUUAAUUUUUCUCUUUAGCUUGCUAUUUAGUUCUCAUCUAUGUGCUAGUCUGUGUUUUGUUAUUUUUGUAUUACAAUGAGCCGAAGAGUGUAGGUUGCUUAGUUCAAAAUGGGAGCCCUGCAAAGGGUUAACCAGCAGAGAAUUACAAAUGAACUAUCAGGAAAGUUGAUUAUUAAUCCAGCAAGAGAGAAAAUAUCCUUCCAGUUAGCAAGAAUUAGUACCUGAAGAGCUGAUAAUAUUGUUCGGGCUGUCGGUGUGGAAUGGCAAAACCAGAAGAAUGUCUUCCAAGCAGGCUACCUCUCCAUUUGCAUGUGCAGCUGAUGGAGAGGAAACAAUGACCCAGGACUUAGCAUCACGAGACAAGGAAGAGGGCAACAGUGAUCAGCAUGCAGCCUCUCAUCUGCCUCUACACAACGUAAUGCACAACAAACCUCACUCCGAGGAGCUACCGACCCUGGUCACCACCAUCCAACAGGAUCCCGAGUGGGAUGGAGUAAUCUCAGCCCAACACAGAAUGGAGUCAGAGAGUAAUAAGUUAUGUUCCCUAUAUUCCUUCCGAAAUACCUCUACCUCACCAAACAAGCCCGACGAAGGAGGUCGUGACCGCAGUGAGCUAAUGACCAGUGUUAAUUUUGGAACGCCGGAGCGCCGCAAGGGAAGCCUAGCAGAUGUGGUGGACACACUGAAGCAGAAGAAACUAGAAGAAAUGACCAGGACUGAGCAAGAAGAUUCGUCCUGCAUGGAAAAGCUACUUUCUAAAGACUGGAAGGAGAAGAUGGAAAAAUUAAACACAAGUGAUCUCCUUGGAGAAAUUAAAGGUACACCAGAAAGCCUGGCAGAAAAAGAACGACAGCUCUCUACUAUGAUCACCCAGCUGAUCAGCUUACGGGAGCAGCUCCUGGCUGCCCAUGAUGAGCAGAAAAAGCUGGCAGCCUCGCAAAUUGAAAAACAACGGCAGCAAAUGGACCUUGCUCGCCAACAGCAAGAACAGAUUGCAAGACAACAGCAGCAACUUCUGCAACAGCAGCACAAAAUCAAUCUACUGCAGCAGCAAAUUCAGGUUCAGGGUCACAUGCCUCCGCUCAUGAUCCCAAUUUUUCCACACGACCAGCGGACACUGGCAGCAGCUGCUGCAGCCCAGCAGGGAUUCCUCUUCCCCCCAGGAAUAACAUACAAGCCAGGUGAUAACUACCCUGUGCAGUUCAUUCCAUCAACAAUGGCAGCUGCUGCUGCUUCUGGACUCAGCCCUUUACAGCUCCAGCAACUGUAUGCAGCUCAGCUGGCAAGCAUGCAAGUUUCUCCUGGAGCCAAAAUGCCAUCUACUCCACAGCCACCAAAUACGACAGGGGCACUUUCACCCACUGGGAUGAAAAAUGAGAAGAGAGGGACCAGCCCGGUAACUCAAGUUAAGGAUGAAGCAGCUCAGCCACUGAAUCUCUCAGCCCGACCCAAAACAGCUGAACCUGUCAAAUCCCCAACAUCUCCAACACAGAAUCUCUUCCCAGCCAGCAAAAGCAGUCCAGUGACAGUGACGAACAAGAGUGGCAUCCCCAGCCCACUCAGUGGAUCUCUGGGAAGAGGAUCCUCUUUAGAUAUCCUUUCCAGUCUUAAUUCACCUGCCCUAUUUGGGGACCAGGACACAGUAAUGAAAGCCAUUCAGGAGGCUCGAAAAAUGAGAGAGCAAAUCCAAAGGGAACAGCAGCAGCAACAGCAGCCUCAUGGAGUUGAUGGAAAAUUGCCCUCCAUGAAUAACAUGGGUCUAAACAACUGCAGGAAUGAAAAGGAAAGAACAAGGUUUGAAAAUUUAGGCCCGCAGUUAACAGGGAAACCCAAUGAAGAUGGAAAAAUUGGCCCCGGUGUCAUCGAUCUUACAAGGCCAGAAGAUGCAGAAGGGAGUAAAGCAGUGAAUGGCUCUGCCGCUAAACUACAGCAGUAUUAUUGUUGGCCAACAGGAGGGGCCACGGUGGCUGAAGCCCGGGUCUACCGGGACUCGCGGGGCCGUGCCAGCAGCGAGCCCCACAUCAAGCGGCCGAUGAACGCCUUCAUGGUCUGGGCCAAGGAUGAGCGCCGGAAAAUCCUCCAGGCCUUCCCCGACAUGCACAACUCCAACAUCAGCAAAAUCCUAGGAUCUCGCUGGAAGUCCAUGUCAAAUCAAGAGAAACAACCUUAUUACGAGGAGCAGGCACGACUAAGUAAAAUCCACCUAGAAAAGUACCCUAAUUACAAAUAUAAGCCUCGACCAAAACGUACCUGCAUUGUGGAUGGGAAGAAACUGCGUAUUGGUGAAUACAAGCAACUGAUGAGGUCUCGAAGACAGGAGAUGAGGCAGUUUUUUACCGUAGGACAACAGCCUCAGAUUCCAAUCACCACGGGAACAGGAGUUGUGUACCCUGGUGCUAUCACCAUGGCGACCACCACGCCAUCCCCUCAGAUGACAUCAGAUUGCUCCAGCACCUCUGCCAGCCCUGAGCCCAGCAUCCCUGUCAUCCAGAGCACUUAUGGUAUGAAGACGGACAGCGGAAGCCUCCCUGGAAAUGAAAUGAUAAAUGGAGAGGAUGAAAUAGAAAUGUACGAGGACUAUGAGGAUGAUCCCAAAUCAGACUAUAGUAGUGAAAACGAAGCCCAUGAGGCAGUCAGUGCCAACUGAGGAGUGUUCACAGAAUUAAAGUACUCAGACUCAUUUGGGUUUUUUUGGGGUUUUUUUGAACAAAAGUUCUUUAAAGAGCCUGCAUGCAUGUGUGGCUCCUACAGUUACAUCAGCAGAAUGGUCUUAAAUGUUUCUUAUCGUGUGAGACAGAUUGUUCCCUAAUUUUUCAUGAACUUGGUUUUUUUUUUUUGUUUGUUUUUGUUUUGUUUUGUUUUGUUUUUAAUUUAGAUGAAGACAUAAAUAUCAGACAUCAGGACUUGAAAACUUAUAUGAAUCAAUAGCUGUCUUACAAGUCUUACCUUUUGUCUUUUUCUGUUUGGAUGCUGAUAAAGGUUUAAGUUACUGUUUUAGAUGGGGGUUAUACAUUCUCACUCAGGUAUGCUGUGCCAGCCUACAGGUUGUGAAUGUGUUUUUAUUCUGGAUUAUUUUAGAAAACAAAAACUGCAGAUUUCAUAUUGUGAAACAGAACAAGUCCACAAGAGUGCACACCUGUGCAUCAUAGCUUGUCUUUAAAAAAUAGUCUCUGAAUUCCAUUUUUUUUUCCAUAUGUAUAGCUGAACUUCUGAUGUGCCAAACUUUUCAUAACUUUUGAAUCUUAACAUUUAAACAAAAAGUCUUAAAGGAGACACUGUAAAGUCUUAGACAAUCCUUUGGCAUCUUAAAAAAAAAAUUAUAUAUGAAACCUAAUUUUUUUUCCAGAAUAUAGUAAAGUACUCAGGAAUCUGGAGACAGGAUAUUCUUAAUUAGUGAACAUGGUUGCCAUAGUGCAUGUGCCCAAUUGCUUUUGCCUCUUGAUGUGCCAUUAGUGUGAAAUUUUAAGUAAGCACAAAAGAGCGAUCACCAGCUAUGGACGGGCCUGUCUUAGCCGUGUGAGGCCACCUCUGAUUACAUUCUCUACCCCUUUGCUUUUAACCCUUGCAUUCAGUCUUAACACAUUUUCUCUUAAAUAAUUUAUUCAUUCCAGAAUGUCAAGGGUCCAAAUACUUAAUAUUUAUUUUUAAAAGUACAGUUGGUGGCAUUACACUUACAAUUCCUUAUUGAUAUUUUAAAGAGCCUCUUCCCCCUUCCCUAAAUCACACAGAAAUAUGAAAAUAAAAGUGCACCUGCUACUAAAAUGAACAUGACCUUUAUGAAUGAGAAAUUCACUUGUUCCUCUAACACUGUAUGUUCAAGGAGCACUUGGAAACACUCUGCUAUAUGUAUUGCAAAAUAAAGUGAGUACUUUUAUAUGUACAUAGAGUACAAAUACCCCUAAAAGUGUGUUUAUAUUUAUAAACCUCUACACUCAGACAGCAAGGGCAGAUGUAAAAUCCAUGCUUUUACAGUCCACCAUGCUGAAUUUUUAGGGCCUGAGGAAUCUGUGGCAAAUCACGGCUCUGUCCAUCAUGCUUCUGUUGCCACUGGAAGGAACUGUGCUACCUUAAGUAUUUAUGCAGUGGUUUAUUUGUGAGACUACAAGUGGGGUAGGGAAGGCCACUCAAAUAUCUAAUUGCCAAGGUGGGAAAAUGGGUUGUCAAAAAUAAUUAUUGCAUAUUAAUCAUGUGGGAAUGUGACUCGUCAAGCGCCUUGGGAUCUUUGGAUGUAAGUUGCUAAAGAAACUAAAAUUUCUGUUUGUAUUACUUCCAGAAAAAAUACAGUGACAGGAGAUAAUUCUGGGAAAUAUGCAAGAGAGGCAUUCAAAGAUUAUUAAUCUAUUAGAUGUCAAAGACAGAGGAGAAACUGCCUUUUCUUUUCCCCCUCAUACUCCACUCCUGUUCACAAGUAGAUCACUGUAUAUACAUAUAUAUAUAUAUAUAUAUGUACAGUUCCAAGAGGCCUGAUAAAUAACUGUGCUGAAGCUCCUCAACUCCCUCAGCUUUUAUUUGAAAUUGGCUGUGCUCAGCACACUGGUGAUAAAUUCAGGCUUGGGCUGAGAGGUACCAGAGGGCCUCAAGCAGCUCCUCUGAAGAUCUGGGAACAACGUCUCACAGAGCUGCACAGGCUUUGCUUGGGACAACAGAAGUGUUAGCCUGGCUGUCCUCAUUCAGCCUGUCCUGCAGACACUCACUCCUGUGAGCUGCAAUGGCACGAUGCUCUGUGCAGGAUCAGCUGCCUUCCUCACAGCCCCACUGGUACCUGCUCUGUCAGAAACAGCCAUUUUUGCCACUGUAGGAAUCGCUUUUCUGUGUGAGAGAACGACCCACCCGAGACAAAGAUUGUUCAAUUUACGGGACAAUUUAUAAAGAUAAUGGCAUAGAAACACAAUGGUCAAAUUUCUCUGACCAUUUUGUAAUUUGGAACAAAAAAAAAAAAAAGGUAUAUUUUUAAUAUUUAUUUAAUUGUGUUCUGACUCCAUGUCUAAUAAGCAAUAAACUGGUCUAGCCAAGUCUUUAAAGGCAUAUGCUGUGUCAUUAGCUGGUGAGCGUCCUCUUUAAGCUGGCUAAGGUACUUAUAGAAAGUGUUUUUUUGUUCUUAAAAUAGCUUGGGAAUUUGAACUGGUUUUAAUACAUUCAGCUCAGAUUGGGGGGAGGACAUAAUUAUUUCCUAAAAAAAAAAAAAUAAACCAAACAAAAAAAACAAAACUAUUUAUUAAUGUCUUACAUAAUUCUUCAGUUAGAAGUAUCUCUCCCUCCCCUCAUGUCACCUUCUUUCUCUCUUGCUCUCUUUUUUUUCCUGGUUUUGUUGCAUAGGUAGAAUGCUGUAUUGCUAGCAUUGUAUUUUAUGUAAUUUUUUUUUUUUUGCACAAAGGCAAACAUUUAGAUUAGUUGUGUUUUUUUUUUUUUUUUAAUUUUAUGACCAUGCCAAAAUAAUAUUCUGCAGGCUUAUGGAGAACAAAGGACUGUUCUUUAGGACUGAAACUUGAUUAUGCUUGUAGUACAAAAAGAAAAACACACACACUCACAGAUGUUGUUUCGUAAGUGUUAUAAGCACUGGAUAUAAAUGGUAUUUUUUAUCACUUCUGACUAAUGUGAAACUGUUGUACGAAAACUACAUGAACAAAAGUCAUCUGUUUCGACUCGUGUGGGCCUGCCUCACAGUUGCCGGAUUUGAGUCAUUUUUAUGUCUUGUUAUUUCAUUUAUUUAUGCAAAAUACAUGUAUGUAUGAACACUUUGUUUUAGCUCCAGCCCUGCCUCAAUGCUGAUGCUCUGUAUGUUAAAGCCACAUUCUUGAAAAUGACUGGCUGUUCAGGAAUCACCAGCUGGUAAAAAUUGCAUUUACUGGCUGGGGGAGUGGGAGGAACAUAUUUGAAUCUGAAUUGUGCCUAUGAGCGUGUUAUUCUAUUUAUUAGCCGACAUUGGCUCUAAAAUGUCAGUAGAAAUCAAGGAAGGACAAUCAUAAGGAUGAAACCCAACAUUUUUACUUUAUUAAUCGGAGCUCAAAACAAAGUUUUUGGUGAAUUUACCAUCUCAUUUUAGAUUUUUUUUUUAAAUUGUGUAAAUAUAACAUAGGAAAUAGAAUUUUAUUUUUUGUUCAUGGAUACUUAGUGAAGUAUAAGUUAUGUAUUUACUUUUGUUCUAUAUCAGUGUAUGUUGGUCCAUAUUAAAUGCUGACAAGUCACUGUA